AUGAUAACGUUUGAGUUAUUUGGAAGUGUUUUACCAUCAUUAAUAACAAUAAUUAGUAAUAUCAUAUCUGUGUAUCGAGUACGUCAAACAAAUCGUCUUGCAUCAAGUUUUAUAUUACCAUGUCGUCGUCGAACAGAUGAUACUCGUCGGGUUUUACUUGUUAUUACCGUUGAAUGUUUAUUUGCUAUUAUAAAUUCAUGGUUUAGUGAUAUAUUUCUUUCACUUAUUUAUUGUAAGAGAAAAUUAUAUGCUGAUGAUGAUUGUCCAGAGUUUUUAAAAAAAAGUUAUACAUUAUUAAUUAUGUCUGAUAUGUUUAAUUCUGUAUCAAAUAUUAUUGUACAUUGCUUAUGUGGUAAACAUUUUCGAAAUGAAUUAUAUCAUAUGUUGCAACCAAUUUAUCAAAUACUAAAAGUUUGCUUUCAAAAUAUAUGCUGUUGUUAUCUUCAAAUACAUUUUCGACGACAUAAUCGAAAUCCUCAAAUAUAUUAUAAUGCUUCUAUAACAACAGAUACUAAUUUAGAUAAUUUAGAUUCUGAAUCUGUCUUUUUAGACAUAGAACCAUCACCAACAUUAGUAAAAAAUUCUUGUUGUUAUUGCCGAUGGUAUUUUAAUCGACAACCAUUAAUAUCUUCUCGACAAUGUUUAUCAAAUAUAUCAAAAGAAUGUUUACAAAAACAUCGUAUACCUUUUGGAAGUCAAUAUCAAUCGUUAACACAACGUACACAUGAUGCAAGUAAUUCAAUGAGACUUUAUUUUCCACAAAAACAAGAACCAGUAUCAUCAACAUUGAAAGCAAAAAAAUCGUGUUCAUCAUCUUCACGAUAA